AUGUCCGGACACUACCCUCCAGAGCAUGCUGCUGCAAGGCACCACCACCACUACAGCAACAACAGCAGCAACAGCGGCUACAGCAGCAAUAGUUACAACAACAAUACAAACAGAUACUCAACUUCAUCCAACACAACAGACAGCAGCUAUGCCCCUCCUCAACGACCACAGCGUGCACAUCGUCCCGUCCCUGAUCCAACGACAUCAACAACGUCCCUCGGCUCCUCUCUCUCACAGAUCUCAUUACACGACAAUUCAUCCCACUCAUCCCUCCCAAUCAACAAUCAUAAAGAUGGCCGCUGGAUUGCUGCACCCUCAGACAAGGAUCUCCCUGAGCCACCAAGACCCAACAGGAGGUUGAAUCGAGACUUUCGAAUCAUUCCACCGGCAGACGAGGUCGAGACUCUGACUGAAACAAAACUCCAGGAGAGCAUACGCCAACUCCCUAAAAAGUCCUCCUCUCGACCACCCUCUGUCAGCCUCACCCAUGGCAUCUCUUCAACAAGGAUCUAUCAGGAACCAGCCCCCCAAUUGAACAACGUCGACGAGGACGACGAGGAGAGUUAUUUCGGUGAUAUCCUUGACAAAUACUGCAACUCGGACGACGACGACAUUCCAUCCUCGUCCAUCCUAACCUCAGACUGGAGGACAUCCUCAAACGACCAAUUGCCCACUCCACCCAGCUCCCGUUCGUCUCUCCUUCCCGUGGCCCCUCCACCAAGACGAGGAGCAGGAAUAGGAGCAGGAACAGGAGCAGGAGUAACCGCAUUGACUGCAUCUUUGGGUCAGGAUUCGUCGGCUGACUCGAGCAGGACACGCAGUCAGAAUAACAGUGCCUCUGAAACGUCUCCGCCGUCUUCGUCACCAGCCAACCCUGCGACCACAAGGUUCAAGUACCUGCAGGCCGGACCUUCUAGGGAGAGCCACGAUUCGCUCUCGAAAUUGGCCACGCCCUCUGCUUCUCCUAACCAAUCACCAGCCUCAACCACCACGCGAGCUUACACCAAGCGGCCUCCUCCUCCGCCCAAGGAUGCAUCAGCAUCCACCACCUCCCAACAAAGCUCUCACUCUGAACCAUGGAACCACAACAAUGGCUCGCUCUCGGAUCCCAAAGAUCAUCGUCCUGAGCCCCCACUUAAGGACAGCUCCAGGCGUAUUCAUCACAGCAACACCACCGCCACUACCAACAACAACUAUGCCUCGAACAAUCGCGGUAGUCAGAGUGCUGCCUCUCAGUCACCACAACUCUCGCUCGAUCACCACCACCAGUCCUCCGGCCAUCAUAUCAGCAGCUUUGCGGAUGCAGUCGAGACGACUAUGAAUCGACACAGGGCAGCACCUCCAGUCCGUGGCUCGCAUUCGGAACAUUCCCACAGCAGCGAUCGCACGCCAUCAUCAUCGACAUCUACGACCACAAGGGAGCGGUCGUCAAGCCAUGGUCACUCUAGCCACUCGUCGUCGCAUCAUGGACAUGAUGGAGAGGGUUCUGGUGGCCACUCGGCGUAUCACCGCCACCAGUCGGUUGGACCAGGACAUAGGCACGAGCAGCAUGGGCAUUCUCACAUUCAGGAGCGCAGUCGGUCCUUGCCACCUCAAGCGCGCCCAGAUCACCAUCAGAGUCACUCAAAAUCGUCACAAAAACAACAUAACUACCAUCCGUCUCCGAUGCAGGACACUCCUUAUCGCAUGCAGGGGCAGGGCUCUUCAUCUCAGCUUGAUUUCACGGGCUCGGAAUACAAGUCGACCUCGACUCAUCCUCCUUCUGCCGCACCGCGCUCUUCAAGCCAGGCUCCCACGUACACUGCCGAACGUACCCGAGUUCACAGCCAUGCCCCAGUCUCGACCAACGGAUCCUCUGGGAGAUAUGCACCCUCGAUCAGUCUCAAGUCUGCGCUUCUCAAGACGCCCAUUGCUCGUGCUCGCGCCAAGGAGUACAAGGGCCCCCGCAAGGUGAUCUUUGGUGAGACGAUUACUAUUGUCACAAUUGAGCGUACGCCGACACCACCUCCCCUCCCACCCAUGGACAAGAAGUCCAAGAAGAAGCUGCUGCAAUCCAAGAAGGCCUCAGGCAAGGACGGUAAGGGUCAGACGCAGAACUUUGAUCCGGAGUAUGACGCCAGGUACUAUGACGCACCUUAUACACCGACGCCCGCUGAGGUAGUCGUCACCACUGCGCCUUGGGUGGGUAACCCUAACUGGGACGAGGAGAGACAAAACUCAAAGUUUUAUUAUGACGACGAGUUGGACUAUGAGUACGACGACUAUGAGUACGAGGCGCCUCACGAGUCUGACAUUCGACUGGGACCUGAGGAUGGCGAUGAGGAUGAUGAAGAUGAGGACGAGGAUGAGGAGGAGUACCGGGCUCGACCUUGGGGCCAUGGCAUUGCCGGACCUGGUGGGGCAUUGCCCAAGAAGAAGGGUGGCAUGUUCAAGUUUAAGAGCGCCGUCAACCGCCUCUUCCUCAACUAG